CGCAUAAUAUAGCACAGGCCACAGCUUUCAGCCCCUUCGUCAUCCCCGUCCGUUCUCCUAGCCUCUUCUUCUUCGCUUGGCGACGUCGAGAGGAAGAGGACAGCUCGGAAGGUGAUUUUUAAGGGUUACCACACCCGUCUCAUUGUUUUGUGUAUUUAAGUAAUAUAAAGCACCAAAAUGGUUGCACAGGAGUUCACUGUUGAUUUGAAUAAGCCACUCGUUUUUCAGGUUGGUCAUCUGGAAGAAGCUUAUCAAGAAUGGGUUCAUCAACCUAUAGUUAGCAAGGAAGGCCCGCGCUUUUUUCAAAAUGAAAUCUUGGAGUUCUUAACACGGACAGUCUGGUGGGCUGUUCCUGUGAUAUGGCUGCCGGUUGUUUGUUGGUGUUUAGCAAUGUCUGUAGAAAGGGGCAUUACACUCUCUCUGUUAGCUUUGAUGGUUGUCACCGGAGUACUUCUAUGGACCUUGGUCGAGUACUCAUUGCAUCGCUUCGUUUUCCACAUUGAAACUAAAAGCUAUUGGGGAAACACCGCACAUUAUCUUCUUCAUGGUUGCCAUCACAAACAUCCCAUGGAUGGACUGCGACUAGUUUUCCCCCCUGCUGCUACAGCUAUUUUAUGUCUACCAUUCUGGAAUCUUGUUAAAUUAAUCAGCUCUCCGACAUUAUCUCCUGCCUUGUUCGGAGGUGGGUUGUUGGGUUAUGUUAUCUACGACUGUACUCACUACUAUCUGCAUCAUGGACGACCUACGAGAGAGCCAAGCAAAAAGUUGAAGCGGUAUCAUCUGAAUCAUCACUUCAGGAUUCAAAACAAGGGCUUUGGAAUAACUUCUUCACUAUGGGAUAUUAUCUUUGGUACAUUGCCUUCACAAAAAUCACCUUCUAAGACCACUUAGCUCUUGCAGAUUCCAUUAGUAAUUUUUUGCUGCUGGUUCUAUUUUUGGUUCCCAAGAUCAACUUGGCAUGGAGCUCUACGGAAACUAGUUUUCUGUUCUCGUGGCAUUCAUUUGCAUCCUGUGUACUUCAAAUUCUGUCGCAUCAGUAGUUGUAUUGAUCUUGAAUAGUCAAGUCUUAUUCUAAUUCUUCUCAUGCAAAAUAAUUCAUCAUUUGUACAAGGCAUUUACCUAGUUUGCAACAUCUGAUCAUUUAUGUAUGAGGCAGAACUUUUGCGAUCAUCCCGUAAUGCCCGAACAAUGUUCUUUCACUACAUUCAAGUUGGUGCUGUUAGAAGUCAUUUUUCUCA